AUGGCCGCUAUGAGCAACAGGAGCGUACCCACCGUUAAGGGGAACAAGAUUGGGCCUUGGAAAUUGGGCGAAACGCUCGGUUUGGGGAGUACUGGUAAAGUGCAAUUGGCGUAUGAUGAGUCCACGAAUCAACAAGCUGCUAUUAAAGUCAUAUCGAAGGCCAUUUUCAACGUCAAGGGCUCAGUGAAGGAUAGUUCUGUAGCUGCUUCUACACCAGAUUCUUUGCCCUAUGGGAUCGAGAGAGAAAUUAUUAUUAUGAAAUUACUAAAUCAUCCUAAUGUGCUGAGGUUGUACGACGUUUGGGAGACUAAUUCAAAUCUUUAUAUGGUAUUAGAGUAUGCGCAAAAGGGUGAAUUGUUCAAUCUGCUUGUGGAACGCGGACCUUUGCCUGAAAAGGAGGCUAUACGAUUCUUUCGACAAAUUGUGAUCGGUAUCUCUUACUGUCAUGCGCUCGGGAUAGUACAUCGUGAUUUGAAGCCUGAGAACUUGUUGCUUGAUCAUAAAUUCAAUAUAAAGAUCGCGGAUUUUGGGAUGGCAGCUUUAGAGACAGAAGAUAAAUUGCUUGAAACCUCGUGCGGUUCUCCACAUUACGCUGCACCUGAGAUCGUCUCGGGGAUUCCUUAUCAUGGUUUUGCUAGUGAUGUGUGGUCCUGUGGUGUUAUUCUAUUCGCUCUGCUUACUGGUAGGUUACCUUUUGAUGACGAGGACGGUAAUAUUAGAAAUUUGCUAUUACAAGUGCAAAGCGGGAGAUAUGAAAUGCCAGGUGAUGAUGAAAUUUCGCCAGAUGCACAGGACCUAAUAGCCAGAAUCUUGACUGUAGACCCUGAGCAAAGAAUCAAGGCUAGAGAUAUCCUAAAACAUCCGCUGUUACAAAAAUACCCAAGUAUCAAUGACUCAAAGAGUAUUAGGAAUCUGCCACGUGAAGAUACAUAUUUACAUCCACUGUCUGAAGGUGAGUCUGCAGAGAUAGACGAAAAUAUCUUGCAAAAUUUGGUGGUUCUAUGGCACGGAAGAGAACAACUUGAAAUCAUCAACAAGUUAAGAGAACCGGGCGCAAACGCUGAAAAGACGCUGUAUGCGCUAUUGGACAGAUUUAAAAGUGAUACAGAAAACGAUAGCGUGAAACAUCCACAGUCGAAAAAGAGAGUAUCGCAAAUUAACCCUGUUCGACAACCAACCACUAAGAAAGCUCCUUCGAAGCCUCAGACAAACGCAUCGCCAAAGAGACGCAAUCGCACUUCAAUGAUAAGCGUUUCUUCUUCACACAAGAGACCCGUGUCAUUCAACAAAUUAUCAAAUGUUGUGAGUCCCGGAAGCGUUCCUUCAAGCAACUCAAAUACCCCAUCCAAGAGAGUCUCCGUCAAUCUAUCCUCGAACAAGAGACUGUCAGCUGUAUAUACCAAUAGUGGAUCACCCACACCUGCUUCUCGUCAUAAAAGAGUCUCGAUAGUAGACUUGGAAAGAGAAAGAGAAAAUGAUACCCCACCUGUCCCAAUAGAGAUGUUGAAAGAUUACAGUAGUACCGCUAAGCAAAAGAGAUUGUCAAGGAAUAACAUGAGACUCUCUUUUAAGCCUUCUAACAAACGAGGCUCUAUCACUACCAAAUUAAUCUCCACAUACGCUAAAUUGUCCGAGGAUGAUGACUGGGAAUACAUAGAGAAGGAGACAAAAAGGACCAGCUCUGACUUUGCAACUUUGUGUGAUCAAAUCUUUGAGCAUGAAAAGUUCGAACAAAUAAGAAGGGAAAAGGAAGAGUUGGAAAGAAAAGUUAGAGAGACAAAGGAGCGUGAAGAAAGGGAAAGAAGAGAAAAAGAGAUAGAGGAAAAAAGGAAGAUCCAGGAGAAGCAGGACUUGGAGAGAAGGCAGCUGGAGAUCCAAAGGCAAAUGGAUGAAGAAGUAGCCAAUCUCGGGAAGGAGCUUCAGGGUGGAAUGAACGCAGAUCAAGAUGCCGAUGAAGGGGAUGAACAUGGGGCAGUGAACGGUAGAUCGGUUUCGGAACCCCUGCAGAAAAAAUCCGCAGAUCCUAUGGCCGAUUUGCAGGCAAAUAUCGACGAUCUGUUGCGUCAAAGAACUUUUUCUUUGCAAACAAGGCCAGUUUCCAGACUGGAUCCCGGUGUAUUUAGUUCUGACUCGAGCGAAAAAGAUCAAUAUACUGGUUCGGAGGAUAGGGCUAAGUUGAACAAUGACAAGAUUAUCUUGGAAACAAUUAGACGAUCUAAAUUCUUGGGUUCAUCAUUUGAUAUCAACAAAGAGUUGAAGCGAGCCGCUGACAACGAGGCUAAGAAACAAAGGCAGUCGAAAGCGACAUCGGAUAGAAUCAUUUCGACUACGAAUGAUGAAUAUGAGACUCAAAUUCUUCCAAAAAAUGCUACAGCUUCUGCACCUUUGAAAGACCACAAUCAUCAAGCGGAACCAAGAAAGAUUUCUGAUAUCAAGGUCCCACAGUUCACUAGAAAAUCUCGCCAGUUUGGCGAUUCAAACAAACGGCUCUCUGUGUUGUCAAUGUAUUCUUCGAAACAAUCUUACACCAAUUUGGCAGAUCUGUUGAAUGAAGAGGCAUCCAAUGCCAAAGGGAAUAGGGAUUCACCAAACGAUCAAAGCGGUCAUGAGCCCGAGUUUUUGUUUGAGAACGUACAAGAGGAUGGUGAGGUUACUGGUGAUAGUUCUCAUGAUGGGCGUCUUUACGAAGUUCCUGAAGAUUCUAACAUGACGAAGGAAAAAUUGAAACUGAACUUUGCCGAUAGAUUCAAAACCUCUAACGGAGAGGACCGCACCGCGGAAGACAAGAACGUAAGGUUGCCAACAUUACCACCUCUGGACGGCAAGGAGGCUAAAGGUCUAGGGAUUUACCAGUCAUCUAGUGAGUCUUUGCCAGAACCUGCUCAGCAUAAUGUUAAAUCCAUGAUUCAAAAUGAUGAGAACCAGCCAAGUGAAACCGCGGAGGUGUUAUCAAUAAAAGAAGAUAAUGCGCAAGUAGAGAGGCAACAAGAAGCUCCAUUGAAUGCCUCGAUACCGAAACACAGAACAGAUGGUGCGCAAAAGUCUGAGAGAAUGCCUUCAAAAGAAGGGUCAGAGAAGAAGAGAAAUACUUCCUUCUUCAGAAAGUUCUCCAAAUCAUCAAACGAAAAGACAAAUGGGGAAUUCGAUGCAGAGUUAUACGCCAGCGUCGCCGCUAAGCAAUUGUUCAACGGAUUACAAAACUUAUUACAAGGUUGGAAAAAGUAUGGCCUCAAAGGUGUCAAAUCGAUGCCUGACAAAUUGACGCUGACGGGGAAACUCUCGAGUGAAAACAUUCUAUCUCUAAGAUCCACCUUGUUUGAGAUGGUUGUUUGGUCUCGUGGAAAAGGAAGUAUUGUAGGAUUCAGAAAGAAAAGUGGUUCUACUAAGACUCUAAAAAGAUUGGUGAGCGAGAUUGAGAAAGUUCUGUUAAAGGAAAGAGUUCUGACAAAAGAGAGCUCCUAA